GACGGGCGGCGUGCGGGGCCCCGGGGCGCCGCGCCCCCCAUGCGCCGAGGCGGCCGCGGACACCGCGCGGGGCCCGCUCUGAGCCCCGGCCCGCGCCCGGCGCCAGCAUGAGCCAGGCGGAGCUGUCCACCUGCUCCGCGCCGCAGACGCAGCGCAUCUUCCAGGAGGCCGUGCGCAGGGGCAACACGCAGGAGCUGCAGUCGCUGCUGCAGAACAUGACCAGCUGCGAGUUCAACGUGAACUCGUUCGGGCCCGAGGGCCAGACGGCGCUGCACCAGUCGGUCAUCGACGGCAACCUGGAGCUCGUGAAGCUGCUGGUCAAGUUCGGCGCGGACAUCCGCCUGGCCAACCGCGACGGCUGGAGCGCGCUGCACAUCGCGGCCUUCGGCGGCCACCAGGACAUCGUGCUCUAUCUCAUCACCAAGGCCAAGUACGCGGGCAGCGGCCGGUGAUGCCGCCGGGACCGGGACCGGGCCGGCGUCGGCCCGCGCGCGUCGACCCUGCCGGCCGCGGCACCUACCUCGGGGCGCGCCCGCGGCCGUGAAACCCGAGUCUGGCCCCCGGCGCGCGCGGAGUCCCGAGACACCGGAUCCCGCUCUGCACGCGGCGCCCCCCGCGCAGGACCCGGAGUUCCAAACUAUUUAUCGUGUGUGUAUCCCUGUGGGUGAAGUCUGUGCGCCUGGUUUUGUCUGGAGAAUAUUGUGCGUGAUCAAUGUGGUUAUGAGGGGAAGAUGCUUGGGUUCUUGUUUUUGUUGUGGUUUUUUUUUUUUUUAGUCUUAAAACUAAAAACUUGAGUCUGUCGUUUCUUGGUUGCACUGAAAAUACCGCCCAGCUGGAUGGUUUCGGAGCUGCCCCCGCCCCGCCUCGCUCUCCCUCGUCCCCGCCGUCCCGGGAACGCGCCCCCGCCCCCCGCUGACCUGCUGGUUUUGCAGCUCCCCGGAGCACGGUGCUCGCGCGUGGCGGUGACGAGGGGCUGGGGGGGGUCGGGGCUCAGGCCUUUCUAGCGAAUUCUAGUCUAGUUAACAGUCGGUUGCACACUUUUUUUUAAAAAAAAAAGUUAAAGGAUUUGCCACGAUUAAAUGUCAUAACAUUUAUGACAAUAUAAAAUAUUAACAUAUUUUUAAAGCCAAGUUUUAGGUGUACUUUUUGAAUCUUGGUUAUAACCCCCAUUUUAAAGGGCGUCGUAUCCAGCGUUGCGAAGGCAACAUGUACCCAUAUUUAUAUUUUUAUAAAAUGCCUAUAAGACUGUGAAUCUCUCGUGCUGAUGCCUAGGGACCGAGGACCGUGCCCUGCCCCGCGGCAGCCCCAGGACCGGUGGGAGCGAAGGCGCCGCGGGCGGCGGGGCGGGGCGGGUGGGGCGGGGCUUCGCGUCUCUUUCGUCCGGAAAGCCUCUUCCUGGUCGGAGGGUCCAAUUUUCUAUGCAACCCCACACCCCUUGUUGUUUUGAUCCCGAGAAAUAAAAGGGAGGCUGAAUUAUUCAAAUUUAAAUGAGGCUCCCCCUGGGUUGAAGGACUGCUGGCCCUUCGCGCAAAAAUGGGGCUCAUUUGAGGACACAGGUGGCCGCGGCGCAUUGUGCCCGGCGGGUCAGACCCGGCAGCCCCGGGGCUUCGAAACCUGGGGUGAGAAUAUAUUGAUAAUGUCACUGAAACAAGCAGACAUUAAAGUGGAGGCACAGAUUACUCCAAAGGGAGUUUCCCUGUCUAUUUUUUCUAGAUGCAAAAUACCUUUUUUAAUUAUGUUAAUUAAUGUUAAGACUCUCCAGGCAGGCACAGAGCCCCGUCUGGGCCCUCUUCUUCACUGCAAACUGGACCAAGCCUGCAGCGCGUUCCUGAUGUACGAUAGAGACCUGUAGCCCAGCGUGGAAAGUUUAUAAAUAAAUUUGUCAUUGAUCUUUUUAUA